AUGGCGAGGGAAGGGGGCUUUCCCUUCAGCAUCCAGGAGGUGAUCAUCAACCAGAGCCUCCUUCAGCCCCUGAACAUGGGAAUCGACCCUCUAGAUCAGGAGGGUGAAGACCAAGAGAAGGAGCAAAUCAAGAUGUUCAAUGACAAGUUUGCUUCAUUUGCCGACAAGGGGAGGGUGUGGUUCCUGGAGCAGCAGAACAGGGUACGGGAGACUAAGUGGUGCCUUCUGCAGGAGCAGCCGCCCAUCUCCAAGGCCAGAACCAGUGACCUGAAGCCCUUCUUUGAGUCCUACACCAGCUGCCUGCGAGCCCACCUGGACAGGCUGCUGAGUGAACGGCAUCAGCUGGAUGGAGCAAUGCAGAGCACGAUGCAGACUCUUGUGGAGGAAUAUGAGAGGAAGUACGUGGAUGAGUUUAACAAGUGCUCAGAGGCUGAGGAUGAGUUCACGGUUCUGAAGAAGGAUGUGGAUACUUCCUGCACGACCAAAGUGGACUUGGAAAUAAAAAUGGAGAGUCUGACCAGUGACGUCAACUUCCUGAAAGCCCUCUUUGAAGCGGAGUACAACCAGGUGCUGUCAGAAUCCAGUGGUAUGUCUGUUAUCCUGUCCAUGGACAACAACUGGCAUCUGGACCUGGACAGCAUCAUCAGCGAGGUCAAGGCCCAGUAUGAGGAGAUCACCCAGGGGAGCAAGGCUGAGGCUAAGAGGCUGUACCGGGUCAAGCUUGGGAGGCUGCAGACUAUAGCCAGCUGGUAUGGCGCUGACUUGAGGAGCACCAAGAGUGAGAUUGCAGAGCUCAAAAGGAUGGUCCAGAGGCUGUGGGCAAAGAUUGAGGGCACCAAGAAGCAGGCAGAAUACCAGCCUUAUCUCCUGUGUGACUACCAGGAGCUGAUGAACGUCAAAUUGGCAUUGGAUGUGGAGAUUGCCACCUACCAGAAGAUGCUGGGUGGUGAGGAGUGCAGCAUCCAGGAGGUGACCAUCAACCAGAGCCUCCUUCAGUCCCUGAACAUGGGAAUCGACCCUCUAGAUCAGGAGGGUGAAGGCCAAGAGAAGCAGCAAAUCAAGAUGUUCAAUGACAAGGUUGUUUCCUUCAUCGACAAGGUAUGGCUCCUGGAGACCAAGUGGUGCCUCCUGCAGGAGCAGCUGGCCACCUCCAGGGCCAGUGCCCAUGACCUGCAGCCCUUCUUUGAGUCCUACACCAGCUGCCUGCAGACCCACCUGGACAGGUUUCAAAGUGAGGAAUAG